UCAGAGCUAGGAUCAUUGCUGCACAGUAGAAAGACUUCCUUAAGCCAUUUGUCCUUGAAACUGCACCAAACUCUUGGAAGAACCCAGAACCUGCUUCUCUGCAGAAUGUCAAGCAAAGAUCGACACAUUGAUUCCAGCUGUUCGUCAUAUAUCAAGACGGAACCAUCAAGCCCCGCCUCUUUGACGGACAGCAUCAACCACCAUAGCCCUGGUGGCUCUUCAGACGCCAGCGGGAGCUACAGUUCAACCAUGAAUGGACAUCAGAAUGGGCUGGACUCACCACCCCUCUACCCUUCCGCUGCAGGGCUUGGGGGCAAUGGGCCCGUCAGGAAACGAUAUGAUGACUGCUCUAGCACCAUUGCUGAAGAUUCACAGACCAAGUGUGAAUAUAUGCUGAACUCGAUGCCCAAAAGACUGUGUUUGGUGUGUGGUGACAUUGCGUCAGGGUACCACUAUGGGGUGGCUUCAUGUGAGGCCUGCAAAGCUUUCUUCAAGAGGACAAUUCAAGGUAACAUAGAAUACAGCUGCCCAGCAACAAAUGAAUGUGAAAUCACAAAGCGCAGACGCAAGUCCUGCCAAGCCUGCCGCUUCAUGAAGUGUCUAAAAGUUGGCAUGCUGAAAGAAGGGGUCCGCCUAGACAGAGUACGUGGAGGUCGCCAGAAGUACAAGCGCAGAAUAGAUGCAGAGAAUAGCCCAUACCUGAACCCUCAGCUAGUUCAGCCAGCCAAAAAGCCAUAUAACAAGAUUGUCUCCCAUUUGCUGGUUGCUGAACCAGAGAAGAUCUAUGCCAUGCCUGACCCCACUGUUCCAGAUAGUGACAUCAAAGCGCUCACCACACUUUGUGACCUGGCAGACAGAGAAUUGGUGGUCAUCAUUGGAUGGGCUAAACAUAUUCCAGGAUUCUCCACUUUGUCUCUGGCUGACCAGAUGAGCCUUCUGCAGAGUGCUUGGAUGGAGAUUUUGAUCCUGGGCGUAGUGUACCGAUCACUUUCUUUUGAGGAUGAGCUUGUCUAUGCUGAAGAUUAUAUUAUGGAUGAAGACCAGUCCAAAUUAGCAGGCCUUCUUGACCUCAACAAUGCCAUCCUGCAGCUGGUAAAGAAAUACAAGAGCAUGAAGUUGGAGAAAGAAGAGUUUGUGACCCUCAAAGCUAUAGCGCUUGCUAAUUCAGACUCAAUGCACAUAGAAGAUGUUGAAGCAGUUCAGAAACUUCAAGAUGUCUUACAUGAGGCUCUACAGGAUUACGAGGCUGGGCAGCAUAUGGAAGACCCACGCCGAGCUGGCAAGAUGCUGAUGACUCUCCCACUUCUGAGGCAAACCUCCACUAAGGCCGUGCAGCAUUUCUACAACAUCAAACUGGAAGGCAAAGUCCCCAUGCACAAACUUUUUUUGGAAAUGCUGGAGGCCAAGGUCUGA